UCGACAUGAACAAAUAUCAUUAAGGGAAUUUGAUAAUGAAUUCGACAAAAGUCGAUCGCGUGACAUUUUUUCCGCUCGCGAACUUCAGUUGGCAUUAACCGCAUUUUUCAUGGUAAGACGAUCCCAUAUAAUGAUUUUCGUUAAAUAACAAAGAAUUUUCUCUACAGCAUCGGCAUCAUCGAGUAGGCAGGCACAGAAUGGACGUUGAACGUCAAAGAGCCUUCGCCGAGUACAGGAAGAUACUCGACGAGUUGAGGUCAACGUUCCUCGAACGAUGGAAGGUUAAUAAGAUCGACAACGUCACUGCGAAGGAUUUCGAACGAUUUCGGACAAUAGGGACCGGUGCGUUCGGACGAGUGAUACUUGUCAGGUACAAACCGACGUCCAUCCCCUACGCAAUGAAGGUACUCGAGAAGUCGAAAGUCGUGAAAAUGAAGCAAGUGGAGCAUACGUACAACGAGAAAAGGAUACUGCAGUGCGUGCGAUUCCCUUUCGUCGUCUACAUGGAGUUUUGUUUCAAGGACAAUUCGUACGUGUAUAUGGUGUUACCGUACAUCAACGGCGGCGAGAUGUUCACGCAUCUCCGGCGGAUGGGAAAGUUCGACGAGGGCCUGGCGCUGUUCUACGCCGCCCAGGUGGCCCUCGCCUUGGAGUACCUACAUCACUGCAACCUCGUUUACAGAGAUCUGAAGCCGGAGAACAUUCUGAUCCAGCACACAGGCUACAUCCGAGUGACGGACUUUGGGUUCUGUAAAAUGAUCGACGGGAGAACGUGGACCUUGUGCGGUACGCCGGAGUACCUAGCGCCGGAGGUGAUCCUAUCGAAGGGCUACGGAAAAGCCGUCGAUUGGUGGAGCUUCGGCGUUUUAAUUUAUGAGAUGAACGCCGGGUAUCCGCCGUUCUACUCGCGGGACCCGAUGAGGAUUUACGAGAAGAUCGUCGCUGGUAAAUACAAAUUCGCCCAUCAUUUCGGCGAGGAGCUGAGAGAUAUAUUGAAGAACAUACUGCAAGUGGACCUUACUAGGCGGUACGGGAACUUGAAGAACGGCAUUAUGGACAUCAAAGGGCACAAGUGGUUCCAAACGACCGAUUGGAAUCAGAUUUAUCAUCAAAAGAUACAACCGAGCUUUAUACCAAAGUGCGCGUCGCCGGAGGAUACCAGCAAUUUUGAUCAUUACGACGAGGAGCAUCUUAGAGUAGACGCGGUCGAUCGUUACGCGAAAGAAUUCGCAAACUUCUAGUCGAGCUGAUUACGGUCAUCGAACGGUGAACCAAAGCUUCAGAGAUAUGCUAAUGGCCACAAGCGUACAGAACAUGAGCGAACGUUCGCCUUUUUAAGUACAGCGCAUA